AUGUCAUCCGUUACGCCAUCAGAAGCUAGUCGCUCUUCAUUUUCGCACAACAUCGUCCAGAACCAAGACGAGAAUGAAACUAGAGAAGCUGCUUUGGUUCUACGAUCCGGGCUUGUUGAAGAAGAAUGUGUCAAGCGUGAGCAUGUACUGAAUCAUGCUCCCUCACUUUUGGAUAGCCAGGGCCUAGGCAAUGUCUGCAUCGACGUUGCAUUGAGUACUAAGUCCUCUCUACAAAUUGAUAAUGCAAAAAACGGUAAGAAAUCUGCGCCCAUGGCUUUGUCCGAGUUGUGUGUCGGUUGCUCUAACGUCUUUCAAGUUUCAUUCAACGACCUCCCAAGUUCACCCAGCUACUGCACCAGUCCAACCAUAGGCUGCACCGUGGGCUCUCCUCACGAGCACAAUGAAGAUCAGUCUGUCGCACAGAAGACUGAGCAGCCUCAACAAAGUCACCGGAAACCAAUUCCCGACCAUUGGCUUCCCAAAGCCGCCAGUCCAAAGCUUGCGACUGCACAACGUGCGAAAGAACGAACGUUGAAGAGAAGCUCUGAUAACGGUUCGCCAGGAUAUCCGAAGGGAAUUCGUGCAACGCAAAGCUCCGUGGACUUGGGUAGAUCUCACGGCAGAGAGGGUACAACAUACCUGACAAAAGAAGCUCUGGAAGCCGUUGAAACCACAAUGACGCCUCCUAGACAACACACAGGUUCUGCGAAAUUUUCUAGUUCUACUUUGAAGCCAGCAUGGAACAGCCCUACAUCACCGCUACGCAGUGUUGCACGCCAGAAGUCUGGGUGCUCGCUCAAGAUGUCACCCACAAAGCCCUCGCAUCUUCCAAACAAGUCUACAGCAGCGGAUCAUUCGCGACUAUUUAAUAGUGUUACUGCCUCUGCGAGCAAAAAUUCGUUUCAUAUCACGGAUGGCUCACCGCAUAAGUCUCGGAAUGUCAACACAGGAUCGGUCUCGCCGGUGAAAUCCAAGAGUGAGAACCAACCAAUCUCCAAGGCCAAAGUUUCUCUUCGUAUCGUUGUGCCGAAUACAAGUACAGGCCAUGACAAAGAUCUUAGAGCAUUGAGUCCAAAGGCUACGAAUGCUCCUAACAGUAAUGGUUCGAUGAGUCCAGUUUCUACCACAAGCAUAUCCCGCAUUCCUCGCGUCGGCACAACAAACAAAGACCAGAGCUCAUCUCGUAUUUCCGCCCUGCAGAAAGCAAAGUCUGAAGUAGGGACCAUGCGAUCAAAAUCAAAGGUGCUCGUAGACAUGCCUGUAGUGUCGAAUGAGGUAGCUCGCUUCAACACGCCCAUGUCGAAUAUCUCACGUGGCUAUUUGGAUGAAAACACGCAUCCAAAUCCUAUCGACUCUCAGCAUCACAAUCAUGUCCUCGAGACGAAAAAAGAGGGAAGUUCCCACCAUAACGAUUUCCAAGACCAUCAGGCAGCGCAUGCUCACUUUCGUAUGUCAGCUAAGCCAGCGGGCCAUGUUGGAAUUGGGUUGCGCCAAGAUGAAAGCCAUCAUCCUGAAUCUGACACCGUUGAGCCCCGUGGGUAUUUAGGCCAUGUCCCAAGCACGCCACCAUUUUUGAAGGCUUUCCGCAAGGCCACAAGCAGCUCUUUUGAGCAAGAAUCUCGAGAUGCUGCGGAUUCGACUCUUACGGAUCCUGCGAUAGUUCGCAGCCUUGGAAAAAUAAAUGAUUUUGACGAUACAUGUAUCGAUACUUCUACUGAUUAUGUAGCUUCUACGGUCUCUGAGCAUGCAUAUGCUAGUGAGAAUGCUAAGCAGAUCCAUGGAACAAGUGAGCGUGGUCCACCUGGCCCUGGGAAUCAAGUUGACAACGAACAUCAAACACACACUAGUGUAUUCUCGGAUCUCCGCCCAACUGCUACUGAGUUUGUACCAAAAAUGACGCUUACAUCUGGCUUGACCGACCCUGCAACCGACCCUGCAGCUCCAGCUUCGCUUCAAGAUGUUGCUGGCCUACCAGACAUGACUGUGCUCGAUAGAAAUGGUAUACCAUUCCUCUGGUACAUGUACGGUAUCCAAUUCGCCUACGAACAGGGUUUUCGAAACGGCCGACCCAAGUCUCCCCGGAAGUUCAAACCUAAGAAAAUACGCGGUCCAGCAUUGUCAUCUAUUGAUGCUCCGCAUACUCGCCCUCAUGACAGUCCUGCUAUUACGAUGCGAACACCGGAUACAAUUCCCACAUCAUCAAAGCAGGAAGUGCCCUCUACAGAGCUUGUGUCGCGUCCGACUGUACCUGCUCACGACUCCUGCCCUGUUUACAGUCAAGAGACUAUUCGGCCAAACUCCCACAACGACGGGCCGAUGCACGAAUGUUGCAGUGCUGUGACGCACCAGCCUUUCGCGAGGCAAUUCGAUAAGAUCGACGAGUACACCAGUACCAGGAGCAACAACACUCCCCGCCACUACAACAUUGACUUCACCAAGAUACAAAACACCAGUUUCCCAACGGGCCCACGCAGCAUGCAGGGCCACGUGUACCACAAACCGUCUCGAUACGACUAUCGAAAUCACCGUCGCCUCGGAAACGGUCUGUAUGGCGGUCGAGGCAACGCCGCUGGCAUUCCUAUAGCAGCUACCGCGCCGUUUCCCAACCCUGUCCCUCCGCAAGGUCGUCCGGAUCAGAUCCACAAUUACAAUGGAGGCGCGAGUGACUACAGUGAGUACUCGAUUGGAACGGAGGCGUGUGGCAUGGUCGAUAUAGUAUCUGCGACUGAAUUGAUUGGUGGUCGGCCAUGCAAUGCGUGUGAUCCUGGUCACUAG